AUGGCGCAAAUUCCGAUCUUCAUUGACCAGACGGAGCGGGUCCACAAAGUCGCCCAGUCCGACAUGUUUGUUGCAAAGAGAUCGGAGCUUCUGGAACAGGGAUGGGAACUACACCUCCAACUUAAAGAUUGGUAUCAUGCACUUACAAGAAGGGUUUCCGAGCCGCUCUACGUCGAGUAG